AUGGCAAUAACAAGGUUGUGUGAACUAUGUAAUGGAGAAGCGAAGCUAUAUUGUGAAUCAGAUUCUGCUUAUCUAUGUCUGAACUGUGAUUCCAACGUUCACGAAGCUAAUUUCUUAGUAGCUCGUCAUAUUCGUCGUACAAUAUGUUCGAAAUGUAAAGAAUACGAUGGGAAUAUCAUCUCUGGUAUUCAGUUUUAUCCCAUAUUCAAACCCUACACCUGCUCAUCUUGUUCAUCAUCUACAUCGUUGUUAGAUUCUCAUAAUCAUAUCGAAGAUAUCGACUCUUCUUCAUCGUCUUCUUUGGAUUGCGUCUCUGCUGCUGAAUCAUACAAUCAAAACAAGAAGAAGAAGAGAAACAUCAAGAAGAUCGAUUUAAACCGAAAACUUAUCUCACCAAAGGUUACGUGUUCAAGUUCGGUGACGGACAUUUCUGGCAGUGACAUAUCGAGUAUCCCGGUGUCUUUUUCAGGUGAGAAUGCAAGCUUUCCGAUGAAUUUAAACGGUGAAGAGUUAGUGAGAAGAGAAGAGAGGAAAAUGAGCUUGACCAAAGUUGACUUAAAGGUCGAGGGUAUUUUAGUCAACUGGUGUAAAAAGCUGGGGCUGAAAAACUACUGUAAAAUUAUACCCUUAGCUCUGCAUGCAUUACGUGUAUGUCUAGAGAACUUGAAGUUUUUACCGUUCAGGGUUGCUAUUGCUUGUUCGUUUUGGCUAGCUUUGAAAUUUUCUAGUGGUAAAUCGGUAGCCACGUGUCAAAAUCUCAAGAGGCUUGAAGAGAUUUGUGGUGUGCCGGUAAAGAUGAUUGUGUGUGCAGAAGGCAAGAUAUCUCGUGUAUUGAAUCUUAACCGUAGAUCUCAACUUGAGGAUCUUAAAGAAGGUUGUGAUGAAUGCUAG